GCUUUAAAUAAAAUUAUGGAAUAUUCAUAUUAUUGUUUUGGGACGUACUGUUAUUGUAACUGAAGUAACUAUUUGAAUUUCGCGCUUUCCAAUGCCCGAGUGACAGUACUUUAACUGAUUAACGUAGUGAAAAUUCGUUUCAAAUUAAACAUGGUUAAAAUCUUGUAAUAUUUGAUAUAUUACAUUUAAGUUGAUAUAUAGUGUUUGUGCAAAAUAUUAUAUCUCAAUAUUUAUAAUAGAAUUGUAUAUACAUAUUUUAUAUAUUGCGGAUAUAACAAAAUGCAAGUGCAUCUAUAAAACAAUUAUAAUACGGUUAUAACGAUAAUCAAUGUGAUUAAACAGAGAACGAUGAUCAGAACUGCUUGCGAUCCUACAAUAGAAAAACACUUUAAAGGCCAUGAAAAUACUAUCACAAGCUUAUGUUUCCAUCCUGAAACUACUCAAUUAGUAUCAAGUAGUUCAGACAAAAGUAUAAUAUUAUGGAAUUUGAAAGAGUCUGUGAGAGCUUGCAGAUUCCUUGGGCAUAAAGAUGUAGUUUUUGAUGUCACUUAUGCACCAUCAGGCGAAGUCAUAGCUAGUGCUUCCAAAGAUAGAUCUGUUAGAAUUUGGGUACCUAAAAUAACAGGACAAUGCUUAGAUUUUAAAGCACAUUCAGGAGCUGUUAGAUCAGUACAAUUUAGUCCAGAUGGGGAAAAGUUAAUUACUGCAUCAGAUGACAAAAGUGUUAAAUUAUGGAUGGUAUGUCAAAGAAGAUUUCUUAUGUCAUUUACAUGUCACACAAGCUGGGUCAGAUGUGCUAGAUUUUCUUCUGAUGGUAGACUUAUAGUCUCUUGUAGUGAUGAUAAAACAAUAAAAUUAUGGGAUGUCACGAGUGGACAAUGUAUUAGAACCUUUAAUGAUGUAAAAGCUUAUUCUACACAUGUGGAAUUUCACCCAAGUGGUUCUGUUAUUGGAUCAGCAAACAUAAUUGGCUGUGUGAAAUUAUAUGAUGUACGUACUGCUUCUUUAUAUCAACAUUAUGCAACUCAUAAAGAUUCAGUAAAUAUGAUAAAAUUUCACCCAAAAGGAAACUUCAUAUUAACUGCAUCUGAUGAUUCAACAAUGAAGGUUUUAGAUUUAUUAGAGGGUCGCCCAAUUUAUACACUUAAAGGUCAUGCAAAUGGUACUGGUGUAACAUCAGUAACAUUCUCUUCUAAUGGAGAAUUUUUUGCCUCUGGUGGUACAGAUCAUCAAUUAUUAAUGUGGAAAACAAAUUUUGAUAAAGAUGAUGUUGCUAGAAAAAUGUCUCGGCAUUUAGUUUCACCUGUUAAAGAAUCAGAAUCAAAUAUGAAGGAAGAAAAAUCACAUAAAGAUGAUGAUAUAUCUGGAGGAGAGGAAGAAGUAGAAUCAUUACAUGAGAAAUUUGAUACUAUAAAUUUAAAAAAUGGAAAACUUCGUUGUGAAGUACCAGAUACUGGAGUAUUAGAUGGCAAUAUAGAAUAUAAAGUCAUAAAUAUGAGAAAUCAAAGACCUUUUGAAGAAGGGCGUAUUGUGAAUAUAUCACACUUACCUAAAGAAUCACCUGGUACAUGUUCUAGUAAAAUAGUAGAUGCACUUAAUGAGCAAGUACAAUCAUUAAGUGAUGCUGUUACCAUUUUAGAACAACGUUUGUCAAUACUAGAAGAAGAAUUAAGAAAAUAACAUUUUGUAUUUUAUUUAUGAAGUUAUUCAAUUAUAUAAUUAAAUAGUAAAUAUUUGUAAGAUAUAUAUUUAAAUUGUACUUAAUAUGUAUCUUUUAAGGUUAAUUAUUUCAAAAUAUAAUAUAAAUUUUUAAAUUGAUUUAUUAGUACAGUGUUAUAAAGAUGAAUUUUAGGUAUACCCUUUUUGUAAAAUUUGAGAUUUUAAUGUAAAAAGCUACAUACAAUACAAUAAUUUUGUACAAGAACGAAAAUACAAAUUUUAAUA